CCAAAGGAGCUUGUGCACCGAUCUCUGAUUGGCUGGGGGUGGGCUCACGGGGCGGGGUCACAGGGGUUAAUUCCAUCCAUCCUUAGGCUCCUGGAGUCCUGGGGGCUGCGGAGCUCAAGUCAUUCAACCAGUAAUUCAUUUCUCCCACGUGGUGGUGCUUUGAGCGUUUGAAAAACAACUCGGGACCCGGGCAUCAGGUUCUGUUAUCCGCCUGUUUCAGGGAGGCGCUGCCGCCGACGCCGGGGUAGGGGUGGGACCGGAAGGCCCCUUGGGGUCUUGUAGGUUACCCGUCCCUGCAGCUGGGUCUCUGCAAAGCUUGCAAAGGCUGCUUUGGUUCCUGGGCGAGAGCGGGCGGCAGUUCCCCAGCGUCCCCUGGGCCGCGGGGAGGAGCAGAGGAAGGCGUGGCCCCCGCCCGCCCAUCUGCCCUGCUUCGUCCAAGCCCAGGCUCACAGCCGGGGGCGGGGGGCUCCCCCCUGCUCCCCCCCUUCCCUACACCAGCUCAGGGUCUUCCGACCCUUAGAAUUCCCACCCCCACGCCCCGCAGCGAGAAGCAGACUUACCUGCUGCAAGGAACAGGCGCCAUCCACCACCAACCCCAACUCACCAUAACUGAGUGAUUCAUCUUGGCUCCCUCCUGGGUCUUCAGCAAAGAGCUUCUGGCCGUCCCCCCAGUUCCCGCACACACGGUGAUCCCCGAGGCCAGGACCGCUGGGGUCCCCCGAGCUGGGCCAGCCCACAGGGAAAAUGGGUUCCCCGCAUGAUCAGGCCUACCGUCUCCUGAAGGAAUAUUCCAACGGCUUCAUGGUCUCCCAGGUUCUCUUCGCCGCCUGUGAGCUGGGCGUGUUUGACCUUCUGGCCGAGGCCCCGGGGCCCCUAGGCUCGGCCGCAGUGGCCGCACAUCUGGGCAUCAGCUGCCGGGGGACGGAGCAACUGCUGGAUGCCUGUGUGCUCCUGAAGCUGCUUCAUGUGGAAAUGAGGAGAGGAGAAGCUGUCUACGCCAACACCGAGCUGGCCAGCGCCUACCUGGCCGGGACCAGCCCCACGUCCCAGCAGCACAUGCUGCUCUACGUGGCCAGGACCACCUACCUGUGCUGGGCCCACCUGGCCGAGGCCGUGAGGGAAGGGAAGAACCAGUAUCUGAAGGCGUUCGGGGUUCCCUCCGAGGAGCUCUUCAGCGCCAUCUACAGGUCUGAGGGGGAGCGGCUGCAGUUCCUGCGGGGCCUGGGGGACGUGUGGAGCGUGGAAGGGAGGGGCGUGCUGGCCGCCUUUGACCUGUCACCGUUCCCACUUGUCUGCGACCUCGGAGGCUGUUCAGGGGCUCUGGCCAAGGAGUGCACAUCUCUCUACGCUGGAUGCCACGUCACCGUGUUUGACAUGCCAGAUGUGGUCCAGACGGCAAAGAGGCACUUCUCCUUCCCGGAGGACGGACGGAUCAGCUUCCGUGAGGGAGAUUUCUUUAAAGAUCCCCUCCCGGAGGCGGACCUGUACCUGCUGGCCAGGGUCCUGCACGACUGGACGGACGACAAGUGCUCCCGCCUGCUGGCCAGAAUCCACGGCGCCUGCAGGACAGGCGGCGGCAUCCUGGUCAUUGAGAGCCUCCUGGAUGCCGAUGGGCGGGGCCCCCUGACCACACAGCUCUACUCGCUCAACAUGCUCGUGCAGACCGAGGGCCGCGAGCGGACCCCCGCCCAGUACCUCGCGCUCCUGGCCCCCGCCGGCUUCCACGACAUCCAGUGCCGCAGAACCGGGGGCACCUACGACGCCAUCCUGGCCAGGAAGUGACCCCCAGCGUCAUCUGAGACCCCUCACGGACUGCCCUCCAGAGGCCGUGUCUGGCACAUUUCCUGGUUUUGUGCCCGGAGAGCGAUGCUGAGCUUCUGCUCCCAGAUGCCGACCGCCUGUCACCGUGAGGGGUGUCUUGUUUUAGUUUUUGAGUUAUUUUCAUUUGAUUGUGUGUCAUUCCAGUCCGAUCUAUUUUAUUUCAUUUCAUUCCUUGCAUGUGAUGAAGUGAGGGGUCUGAGAGGAGGUCCCCCUGGAUGAGGGGGGCCCUCCCUCCAAGGACA